AACCAAUUGAACAAGAUGUAACAAGCUCUUCACGAAAAUCAAAGUAAAUAUACCUAAUUUGAAAACUUGUAGAAAUGGGCAAGACUUGAUUGUACCAUGUUUGCUAUAUAAAUCCUUGUAACUACUACAAACCUAGCCAAGAAGUGAGCAAUGGCAAAGCAUGGAACAUUAGUUUUUGUGACCCUGACUGCCAUUGUUUCCAUGACUUCUGCAACUACACCGGUCACAUUCGUCUUCGGCGAUUCACUUACAGAUGUUGGGAACAACAACUAUCUACAAUAUUCUCUUGCAAAAUCGAAUUACCCGUGGUAUGGGGUUGAUUAUGAAGGAGGGAAAGCUACAGGAAGAUUCACAAAUGGAAAAACUGUUGGCGACAUCUUAUCUUCAAGACUUGGGAUUCCAUCACCACCACCGUAUCUUUCCUUGUCUCAGAACGAUGAUGCACUACUUAAUGGAGUUAACUAUGCAUCUGGUGGAGCUGGCAUUCUCAAUGACACAGGGCUUUAUUUUAUUCAAAGACUGUCUUUUGAUGAUCAAAUAACUUGUUUUGCGAAGACCAGAGACAGAAUCAAGAACAAAAUUGGAGAGAACGCAACAGAGCAACUAUUGAACAAUGCCAUAUACUUAAUUGGAUUAGGUAGCAAUGACUAUGUCAACAAUUUCUUACAGCCCUUCUUGGCAGAUGGCCAACAGUAUACCCCAGAUGAAUUCUUAGACCUUUUAAUCUCCACCUUGGACCAACAAUUCAGGAAACUGCAUCAACUGGGAGCUCGUAAGAUUGUCUUCAAUGGUGUUGGUCCUCUAGGUUGCAUCCCUUCCCAGAGGGUGAAAUCAAAGAAAGGAGUAUGCUUAAAGCGAGUCAAUGAAUGGGUCCAACAAUUCAACUCAAGGGUGCAAAAACAUCUUCUCUUCCUCAAUCAUCGGCUCCCUUCUGCACAACUAAGCUUUGCUGAUUCUUACCCAGCAGUAUUAGAUUUAAUCGUGAACCCUACUGUCUAUGGUUUCAAGAUCUCCAACACCUCAUGUUGUAAUGUCGACACAAGCGUCGGAGGACUCUGUUUACCCAACUCAAAAAUGUGCAGCAAUCGCAAAGAUUAUGUUUUCUGGGAUGCUUUCCACCCCACAGAAGCAGCAAACACCAUUCUUGCAGAACGCCUCUUCUCAAUGAUCUUUGCCAAUUCUCAUUCCCCUGCAACAGCACCGGCUCCAGCACCUUCUCGGCACUGAUUAAUUUCAGCUACUAGAGUACUAAUCCAUAUAAACAAGAGCUUAGAAACAGAUGUUCAUCAUCAUAAAUAUCAUAGGAUUUCAAUUUCAGUUGCAGAAGUAACUAGGCCAUGUAAAGAAGAGCUUAGAACCCAUAUGUUCAUCAUCACAAAUAUCAUAGUUUUUCACUAUCUAA